GUCUAACUAAUGUUCAAAUCUGCGGCGAAUAAAUUUUUCAAAGAUUUGGAAAAAACCUGCAUCUAUGAAGGAGUAAAUCGAUUGAAGCAUAUUCGUUGUUUUGGUCUAUUCUGUGUUACACACUCUAUUCUACUGGGUUAUUUAACCUAUGACCGUAAUGCAUUCGAACCAUUAGAAGAAAAGUUAAGAGGUUCACGUAACCUAAAAGAUAAUCGUAAUCCCAGUAUUUUGUCAAAAUAUGAUUGGUAUCAAUCUUGGUUAACUAUGGUGAAAGAUACAGGAGAAAAACUGCAUAUUAAUGAAAUGUAUCCUGUGUUUACAGGAUUGGCUGGUGCAUCCUGUUUAGUUCUCGGAUUUCUUGUCCCACGUCGUUUAAUUCGUCAAAUGUCUUUAAUAGUCACAAAAAAUGACGCCACCGCCAAAAUUGAGAAAUGCAUUGAAAUCCAGACAUAUGGAGCUUUUGGUAUAAGCGGGAAAGGUGUCACACUUAGAAAACCUUUAAGUGAAGUACAAUUUCGGCAUAAAUUACACGAAGCUAACUUGUCUAGAUUAACGCUACAAAUGAAAAAUGUACCAAUUGGGUUUUUAUUAGAUUUAAAAAUGAAACAAUACAUCAAUGAAGAAGAAUUACACUGUUUGGUGUAUGAAACAAACGAGGAGUAAACUUUACUUUGGAAAAACACAAAAUGUGUCUUGUUGGUUCUACUACUCAGUGAUGAUUUGCAGCUUAUUGAAGCAUUUAAUUCAUAGGAGACAAUUAUGUCAUCAUUGUAUACUGUCAUUUCCUAUUUUUACUACUAGUAGAUGUAAUGCUUAGUGAUCAGUUUAAAUAAUGUUAUAUAUAUACAUAGCC